ACCAAUCACCGACAUGUACGAAUCUUUUUCAAUGCCUGCGCCAAACUCAUGAAGUUGCAAAGGAAAUGCCCUCGAAGCAAGAAUCUCUAGAUGGAGUGAUGGACCAAGAAACCGCCCGCGCUGCCCCUCGUGGUCAUGCUAGGACCAAAAGCAACAUUUCCAUUGGAAGCAACAACCCAUCAAGACCAAAGCACAACAGAUCAAAAAGCACAAAGAAACUCGAUUCCGUUUACUCCGAUGAAGCUACUAUCGCCUUCAUCAAACGUACCUUAUGCGCUCCGCAACUCGCGGGACCUGAGGGUAGCCGAGCACGAAACAUCCACAAGCCGUUGUCUGAAUUACUGCCGCCCUUGACUAGUUCCAAUCAAGUCGACCUUCAGAUAUAUGCUCUCAUUUCCAUAAUAAUCAAGGACUUUGUACACGCUUGGUACUCCAGGAUAACACCGGACCAGGACUUCACCGACCAAGUUGUUCAUAUCAUCGCCCACUGCACACGCGCUCUUGAGCAGCGAAUCAGAGCAGUCGAUCUAGAGGCAUUGAUACUCGACGAGCUUCCUGAGUUGAUUAAUCUUCAUGUUACAGCUUAUCGAACUGCAUAUAACGGAUCCUACACAUCCUCUCUUGUAGCAGACCCGAGAGAAAUCUAUCACGCCAUUAACCCUCAUCCUGCCCUCACUCCAGUUCCGUUUGAAUCCGGUUCUCUUGCAUCUCUAGAUCAGGCAGAGAAUGAAGCUGUAUGGCGCCAAUUGCUGAUUCAAGGAGUCUUGUCUCAUGUUCUUCCUCCGGAGGAUCUAAAUAACCCACCUCUGAGGGUGUUGGUAACUGAAAUCUUCUCUGAAUUGAUCAUCGGCCGGGGAGUCUGCGGCAACAUCUGCGAAGGCUGGUUUAUUUGCGAUCUCAUUGCCAAGCUACUCGCCAUCCUGCGUCCUCCGGAACCCGAUGUACAGCAGCAACCACCAACCAGUCCUAAUCGUCUGGAACAGUUUGGGCUCCUGGCAGAUGACAGCGACGAUGCCGAAGAAGCACCCACGGUGACAAGUCGAAGUCCAGUGGAUUUCAUAUCCAAGGCGUUUUGGCAAAUCAUGCAAUACGCCUUCCUUGCGUUCAUGACGAUACGCGCCUUCUUCACUGCUUUGUCAGAUGCCGCAUCUCUGCCUCCAAGGGCGAAUAGCAGAGAAGACUCGACACAUGAUGAGCUAGAUGACAGCGGCUCAUUAUGCCAGCAAUCAACACACGACAGCAUCAAACGACCAAUCUUGGGGAUGUCACUAUGGAGUUGCUGCUCGCAUUUGAUUUCUUUGGACUUGCAGAUGCCAUGGCUUACAACCAUGGGUGCAUACAUACAGUGGCUUAUGAUCUGCAGUUCAUGGAAGGUGGGUUACACAAACAGCAGAUUGGACAGACUCCUCUCCCACCACAUCCAAACCAAAAUUCUCGAUCCCUCCCGCUUACCAUCCAUCCUCCUUCUCAUCCGCACAAACAUGUUCCCCAACAAUUCUUUGGGUCCCGGUCGCGUGCCACCUACUCCUUCCGAAGCUCUUGCCAUCAAGACGAAAUGUGCUACUGCAAUCAUCGCUGCUAUACCUCCUGUGGUGGUGAAGCAGGUUUUUGCUGGAGCUGGUGAGGAAGAAGUACACAGGCGGGUGGAGGAUAUGCUCGAUGCUUUUGGAGAUGCAUAUCUGAAUAAACAUUUGAUAGUCGGGAUUGUGGAUUUGGUCAUUGUAAAGCUGUUUCCUGAGUUGGCAGAGCAAAGCAUCAGUAGUAUUCUGAAGAAGGAAGAUGGGCAAUAAGAAAUGAUAGUCGUGCACGACUAAGCACGAGUGUAACCAUGUAUAUAUGCCAUUUCACUUUCAAUCAUUACAAC